CACGGAGACAGUAACACAUGCACGGAAGAUCACACAGGCCGGUGACAGCAUCAAACCUUCCGUUCCUCAUUCCGCAGUACAUCAAAUCUGUGCUGUCCCAGCUGUGACAGAUCGAGCAGAGACACCCAAGAUGACCCUCCUGUUCCUGCUGGUCUUGACUAGACUCCUCAUCAGCACUGGAAAUGCUGAUGUGCAUGGAGGGAGAGGACAAUCCAUCACUCUGCCUGUAGACAAACCAGACAUACAUUUAGACAAUGUUCAGUGGAUACACAACAACACAGUCAUUGCUCAUUUGUAUCAAGGGGAGCCACCAGGGUGCCUUCAUGACAACAUGGUGCUGGACGAUAAAACAUUUUCUCUAACCAUAUCAGACCUUCAGCUGAAUGCUAUGGGCUCAUACAAGUUUAAUGCAGACGGCCUUGACACAGCACUUGUCUACCAGGUUGUUGUUUUUGAUCUUGUCCAGAAGCCCAUUAUUAUUCCACACUGCAACUCCACUAGCUGCACCCUAAACUGUACAGGGGCGGAUAAGGAAAAGACUGAGGUCAGCUGGACAGAUAGCAAAGGGGGAAAGGAGUCUGGUCCAGUUUGGGUUGUGGAGAGGAGUGAACAUCUGAAUGUGAUCUACACCUGCAACUCCAGUAAUCCAGUGAGCUGGAAAACCAACAGCAUCUCAGAGAGAGACAUGUUAGAAUCCAUUGGCAGAAAACAUUUGAUGGUUUGGGUAACAUUGGCCCUCCUCACACUAGUGAUCUCACUACUAAUGUGGAGGUGCUGUGUCAGGCGGACACCGAUUGAUGGAGUUGGCCACAGGUGGAUGAGUCUACACUUCUUUCCUGGGACCAAACAGGUCUCCACCGUUCCUGUCUAACUGAGGGACGGCUACAGCAGCCAAGAGUGUCUCUGCCUCGGUGGUCAUCGGCCAGAAAGGUCACCAUUGCAGCUCCCCAACAGUGGCCUGAGAGCCCGGGUGUGUUGGAGGAGUGAAGCCGCUGGCAAACAAGGCCGUGCUCACACGUUGGGGAUCUUCAGCAUCCCAGCUGACAUCAGGGACUCUCUGUUAACAGCUUGGAGACUCAACACUGAGGGUCCUCUGUGCCAUCAGGAGGCCACUACCCUGCUAUUGUGUUCCAGCCCUGAUGAUUCAGAGACUGUAAGCGCUUUCAGACAUACGUGUAAGACCGGAGGUUCUGCCGAUGUUAAACGGUGGGGCCGUAUAUCU